AUGUGUGCUAAAAACAUGCUAUGUUCGUAUUUACUAUGCAAUUUUUCGUUUGGAUUUCAUUUGUGCUUGCGACACGCUGCUUAUACAAGCACUGUUGUUUUUCACGUUAAAAUCAAACUAUACUCAUUUCAUGCCAUGCUGAUCAAUAAAAUGAGAGAGUUAUUGGUUUAUAAACUUUUAGUGCUUACAACUAUAUCAAAUUUGACCAAAAUUGUGACUGCUUACAGUGUACUUAACAAAAUGAACACAGAAUUAGAACAACAAUUCUCUAAAGCCCCCUUUCCCGAGUGGCUUGCUCAAUUUACACAAUUACAGGACUGGCCUGGAAUGGACCCGCCAUAUAUACCAUUAGAUUUCAUUGAUUUUAGCAAAAUACCCGAAGCAACCCAUUACAAUCAAUUACAGUGUGAAACGGUACCAAGAGAUAUAUGUUCCUUUGAUUGCCAUAAAUGUGUUGCAACCGACGAUAUAUUAAGUUGCGAUUCUCUCACUCAGACUUUUGAUGAUGGACCAACACCUGCAACUACAGAUCUAUUAGGGAAUUUGAAUCAUAAGGCAACCUUCUUUACUCUAGGAAUCAACAUAAUAAACUAUCCUCAAAUUUAUAAAGCGAUUAUACAAAGGGGGCAUGAUGUUGCCUCACAUACUUGGUCACAUGCACAUUUGCCAUCAUUAUCUAAUGAAAAGAUUAUUGCACAACUACAGUGGAGUAUAUGGGCUAUGAAUGCUACUGGAAAUCACAUACCUCGGUACUUUAGACCUCCAUUUGGAGGUAUGGAUAACAGAGUCCGUGCUAUAGCGAGGCAGUUCGGCCUUCAAGCAGUUUUAUGGGAUCGAGACUCAUUUGACUGGCAACUUUUAACUCCCAACCCGAAAACGGAAGAAGACAUUCUUAAGGAUGUGUGUCUUUGGAAAAAGCAUGAUGGAAGGGGCAUAAUUCUAGAACAUGAUACUACUAAACAAACAACAGAUCUGGCAAUCAAAAUUGAAAGAAUAAUUGGCUUGUCGCAAAAGACCGUUGCACAAUGUGUUGGAGGUUCAAAUUACAUUCGACAAUUUCAAUAG